AGGGGCGCGCACACAGUGUGAAGUGGAGAGAGGGGAGGGAGGGGCGGAGGGAGGGCGCAGCAGCCAGCAGGCAGGCAGCUAGCGGACAAAGCCGAUCUCGUCGUCUACCCGAGGCCGAGGAGCCAGGGCCAGCGCGGGCUCUGACAGCCGGGGCCCUCCAGCGCGCCGCGCGACGUCACGGCGCGAUGGCCGCCCUCGCGCUGGCGGCGGUGAGGAGGAUGUGGGGCGGCGGCGGUCUCCGCGCGAAGCAGGCCGGCUGCCGCGGCGCCUAAGAUACCGUUCAUUCACGCUGCUGCUGCUACAAUCUCUCGCACUCACUCGCUCGCCCACCUCCUGCUUCUCUCCUCUCGUCCUCGCGCCGCCGGCGGCGGGCCUCUGCAGCCAGCGUGCUAGGGUUUUCCUUCUCGUCCGUCCUCUACAAGGUGCCGUCUGACUGACUCUGACUCUGACUCGUGGCGCGGAUGGCGGUCGGGGAGGCGCUGCGGCGGCUCUGCGAGGAGAUCGGCUGGUCCUACGCCGUCUUCUGGAAGGCCAUCGGCGCCGCCGACCCCGUGCAUUUGGUGUGGGAGGACGGCUACUGCGGCCACACGCCAUGCCCCGCCGGAUCUGAGGCUUCUCAAGCCCGGGCUACUGAGCUCGGGUGUUCUGCUGCCGUUGACAGCAUUUGCUCACUCGUUAGGAAGGACAUGGCCGAGCAGGUUCAUGUUGUGGGAGAAGGGACCAUCGGCCGUGUUGCCUUCACUGGCACUCAUCAAUGGAUCAUCCAUGGUACUGCGGAUGAUCACGGGCUCUCAUCCGAGGUUGCUUCCGAGAUGCAUUAUCAGUUCAGAGCUGGCAUUAAGACUAUUGCGAUUAUUCCUGUGCUACCACGCGGCGUGCUACAAUUAGGAUCUACUGGUGUGGUUAUGGAGAACACAAGUUUUGUGAUGCAUGCAAAGAAAUUGUGCUCUCAGCUGAAUCAGCGAUCAAGUAUGGCUGUAUCUGCUUCAGUAAAAAGUACUUCGAAUCAGUCGCGUCCGCUACAUGGUGCCUCAAACAUCCAAGCUGCAGACAGUUCCUUCAGUCAAUUCCCAGUAAUACGUGAACAAUACAGACGUGCUGAUAGCGCAACUGCGUCAAGUAGCAAAUCACUAAAUGCAUCUUUGUUUGAGGCUGCACAACAGAAUGGUCUAACUGCUAGAGAGCAUCUUGUCUAUUCCAAGCCUAACGAUAUGUUUGUACAACAACCGUCUUAUUGUGUUAGUCGGCUUGGAAGUAAUACACAGAGUGCUGCAAUAAGCUCUGAUUUGAUCCCAUCGAGCUUGGCAUCAGUGGAGCAACAGCAAAUGCUGAUGAACACCAUUGGGCAGUUGGAAUUUGGUAGCGGUACAGAUUUGGCAAGGAGUGCGCUGCUAAAAUCGCUUUUAUACCGAAAUCCUUUUAUGCAUGACACCAGUGACAUGAAGCUGUCACAUGGAAGAGUUGGUCUAUCCCAUGGAACUGCUGGUCAUGGGAGUUAUGGUUUCCUCCCUGGAAGUGCCGGAGUAGUCAGCACUACCUUAUGUACAUCAAGUCAAGUAUCAGAACAAGGAAGCCAUUCCAGUUCAGGAAUGUUACGGCAGAAGCAACCUCCAGUUUCUUGUAAUGUUCCCCAAUCUUCUGAAUUCACCAUGAAAAUGGUGCGCCAAGAAGGAAGGUCAUCUGAAGGUGCUCUACCUGUAUCUUCUCAAUCUGAUGUUCAGAUUUCUAAUUGCUUGAAUGGCAUUUCCCAAGAGAAUCUAUUGAGUAGGUCAGGUCAUAUGCACAAAGAUCAGAAUACCAAUAGAGCAAAUGAUCCACAUGUUGCUGUGAGCACACAAGGUGUGAAGAAUAUGGAUGCUUGCAUGCUGCCAGGUAUGCCCGGUGAGACAGCUCACUCAUUGCUUUUGCAGCCAACGUGGGAUAAUGACUUGUUUGAUAUAUUUGGUUCUGAAUUUCAUCAGUUGGGUCAUAAUGUGGAUGCUAAUUUGGUGUCCUCCUGUGAUGCAAAAUCUCAUAGUUUAGAUAGAGAUGCAACUGAACCCUCGAUUUGUCUUGAUUCUUCGUCACUCUUCAGUUCACUAGACAAUGAUUUUCCCUGUUCUGGGAUCUUCUCACUAACUAAUACUGAUCAAUUACUGGAUGCUGUCAUCUCAAAUGUCAACCCCAGCAGUAAGCAGAGUUCUGAUGACAAUGCUUCUUGCAAGACUGCAUUGACUGACAUUCCAAACAUUUGUCAUUUUGGCUUGGAAGAGUUAAAGCAAUGUGACUCCUCGGGCAUUCCUUCAACGGUAAUCAAGAAUGAGUCCGCACAGAUUGUUAAACAGCCAUAUUACUUCGAUAAGACUGAAGAUGGCUGUCAUUCCCAAAAUAAUGGAGCACAGAAAUCUCAGAUACGUCUUUGGAUUGAAAAUGGUCAGAACAUGAAAUGUGAAAGUGCAUCAGCUUCUAACAGCAAAGGUCUUGAUGCACCAAGCAAGUCAAAUCGAAAGAGAUCUCGACCUGGAGAGAGUUCUAAGGCACGGCCAAAGGACCGGCAGCUUAUACAGGAUCGUAUAAAGGAGCUCCGAGAAAUGGUGCCUAAUGGGGCUAAGCAGUGCAGCAUUGAUGCUUUGUUGGAGAAGACAGUUAAGCACAUGCUCUUCUUGCAAAGCGUUACAAAGCAUGCAGAUAAGCUCAAGGAUUCUACUGAAUCUAAGAUACUUGGCAGCGAGAACGGUCCUGUAUGGAAAGACUACUUUGAAGGUGGUGCAACCUGGGCCUUUGAUGUUGGCUCUCAGUCUAUGACAUGUCCAAUCAUUGUUGAGGAUCUUGACAGACCACGUCAGAUGCUUGUGGAGAUGAUUUGCGAGGAUAGAGGCAUCUUCUUGGAGAUAGCUGAUUUCAUCAAAGGACUUGGGUUGACCAUCCUGAGGGGUGUCAUGGAAGCACGUAAAAGUAAAAUCUGGGCACGCUUUACUGUUGAGGCAAACAGGGACGUAACCAGAAUGGAAAUCUUUCUCUCGCUUGUACGGUUGUUGGAACCCAAUUGUGAUGGCAGCGGAGCAGCAGAGAAUCCCGGCAACAGUGUAAACAUGCCUCUUGGUUUGGUUCACCAGCCUGUCAUCCCGGCAACAGGUGGUAUCCAGUGAGAAGUAGAGAGAACCCUCAGCCUCAGGCCAAUCAACAUUCAAGUGCUAAGAGCAGCAGUUCAGCGUGGGACCAGAGUUAAACACUUCAGAUUCUGCAUCUGCGCACUUUUGCCAUGACUAGCAUUGCCAGUUUGCCAAUGCGCCACUUGCUUUCCAGUGUCGCCUUGCUGCGCAAAUGUGCACCUUCGUCCCCCUCGAGUCGCAAAAAGUUCUUAACGCGAGAUGCAUCGAAGAUGGGAAAAUUGAUUCUGCUAAUGAUCGAUUAGGCAGUGCUAUUGCUUGUACAAUCUUAGUUUUGUUUGUUACUUUUGCCGUAUAUUAGUGGAUUUUGUACCGAAUGGAGGUCUUAGUUGAUUUGUGUAGCGUUGGUAACUGGAAAGCCAGCCCUUUGUAAGUCUCUUCAAACUAGAAAUAGAACUGUUAGCAUGUGA